AUGGAUGGUCCUAGUUCUAGCCAAAUAAGACACUAUUUGAGUGAGAGUGAUGUGGAAAGUAGUUCUGACGAUUCUGUGGCGUCUGCCGGCCCGGAGAGUGACAUUGACCAAGCCCAGCUUGACGCGCCGCCUAUUGUCAAUGUGGUGGCGCCUGUGGACAUCGAGGAUGAGGACACGGAUGACCAGGAAGCUGAUCAAGGAGGUGAACUUGGAGGAAAAGGUCAUGCUAGCAAAGUAGUCAAGUAUUUGAUGAGGGGAAUGCUUGGGGUGGGCCAUUCAUUGUAUAUGGAUAAUUAUUAUAUCAGUUACCCCCUUGCAACCGAGUUACUGAGUGAGAAAACCUACUGUACCGGCACAAUGCGCUCAGACCGAAAGCAUGUUCCGCUAGAUCUCAAGACAGCUCGUCUUGCCAGAGGAGAAAAGGCAGAACGGUACGCCAAUGGUGUUUUGAUAGCAAAAUGGUGCGACAAGCGUCAGGUGUUGUACCUAUCCACAGAGUUUGAGAAUGAUUGGGCAAUCUCAAUGAAUAGGUAUAACCAACCUCGCCAAAAGCCUCUGCCCAUAAUACAGUACAACGCCCAUAUGAAGGGUGUGGACCGAAAUGAUCAGCUUAUGAGCUAUUAUGCCUUCGAACACAAAUCAAUUCGCUGGUACAAAAAGAUCUUCGUCCAUUUCCUUCAGACGUUGUUGGUGAACUCCUUCAAACUUUAUUUACAAACCAACCCAAGGAAAAGAUCGCUGUACCACUUUAGAUUGUCCAUCAUCAACAUGCUUUUGCCUGCAGCAAACGCAAUCACACCUCCACUCCGGCCUAGACAACAAACAACUGUCAGACACGUAUUGUCAAAAAUGGACACACCUGACAACACAGGAGAAAGGAUGAAGAGAAAACGAUGCAGAGAAUGCUCAAAGACAAAGAAAAGAACCAUGACCCUUUUCUUUUGUGCCCAGUGCCCUGGCGAACCUGGCCUAUGUGCACUGAGAUGCUUCGACAAGUAUCAUGAGUAG